AUUUUUGUGUCAUUCGUGUGAUCUGGGUCCCGUGAAAGCUGGUUUUAAUGGCCUGCUCUCUCUAGUCUAUUCCAUUCCAUGACCAGGGCGCUGAUUUGGUCUUGGGUUCAGAAUUUGACUGCCUCAGCAUCUCACCAGGCUGUAGUCCUUUGUUUUAUUGUUGUUUGGGGCUUUGGUUGUGAUUUGUGAUGGAUGUUAACAUCUUUACUGAAAUGUACUGGAGGGAAUCUCGGCCAUUGUAUCCUCUUGCUGGUUUCUGGUUUUUUAAUGUUUAUUAGCUGCCUUGGUGUUAAGUUUCAAAGCCAUUUAAAACCCAAAGUUGGUCUCUACCAGACAGAGUAAGAAAUUGAGGGCUUUUGGGGAAUAAUUUUGUAGAUUGACUAACGUGACCCCUAUAAUUUGAACUGAACAUGGGAAAAAUCCAGGAAUCUGUGUUGAAAAUGAAAAAUCUUAAAGGAAUCUCAGUUGUUAUUAUGAUAACACAUAAGAGAAAUAGUGGUUUUUUACCACAAACCUUUGUCUACUUGUGCGACUAUAUUUCAGUCUCCUUCAGAGGUUAGGUUUUGUUCAUUCGUAAAAUUGCAGCCAAACUGCCUUCCGUAAAUUGAGGUGUGAAAAUCAGAUGUUAAUCUUGACAUCCUUACACAUUUUUGCUUUCCAGCAGGCCUUCCUUCGAAGGAAGCUAACAAGCAGACAUCAUGUGGUUUGUAAUUGUUUUGCAGAUGAGAACUGGGACGAUGACCAGCUGCUUGGUUUUGAACCCUGUAAAGAAAACCUCGUCUUUGGCUGCAAUAUAAUCAAUGGGAAGUGCGAGUGUGUCACCGUUCGGACCUGCAACAAUCCCUUUGAGUUUCCGAGGAAGGAUAUGUGCUUUGCCGCUUUAAAGAGGAUUCAAGAAGAGAAGCCAGAUUGCUCCAAGGCCCGCUGUGAAGUCCAGUUCUCUCCGCGCUGUCCCGAAGAUUCCGUUCUGAUCGAGGGCUACGCUCCCCCCGGGAAGUGCUGCCCCUUACCCAGCCGCUGCGUGUGCGACCCUGCGGGCUGCCUGCGCAAAGUCUGCCAGCCGGGAUUCCUGAACAUACUAGUGUCAAAGGCCUCGGGGAAGCCGGGAGAGUGUUGUGACCUGUAUGAGUGCAAACCAGUGUCCAGCGUGGACUGCAGCACUGUGGAGUGCCCCACCGUUCAGCAGGCCGUGUGCCCCCUGGAUAGCUACGAAACUCAAGUCAGACUCACAGCGGACAGUUGCUGCUCUCUGCCAACAAGAUGCGAGUGUCUCUCUGGCUUAUGUGGUUUCCCCGUGUGUGAGGUGGGAUCCAUUCCCCGCAUAGUCUCUCGUGGAGAUGGGACACCUGGAAAGUGCUGUGAUGUCUUUGAAUGUGUUAAUGAAACGAAGCCAGCCUGCGUGUUCAACAACGUGGAAUAUAACGACGGGGAUAUGUUCCGGUUGGACAAGUGCCGGUUCUGCCGGUGCCAGGGUGGCGUCGCCAUCUGCUUCACCGCCCAGUGCGGGGAGCUGAGCUGCGAGCGGUACUACGUGCCCGAGGGGGAGUGCUGCCCGGUGUGCGAAGAUCCGGUGUAUCCAUUCAAUAAUCCUGCUGGUUGCUACGCCAACGGGCAGAUCCGCGCCCAUGGAGACCGGUGGCGGGAAGACGACUGCACGUUCUGCCAGUGCAUCAAUGGGGAGCCCCACUGCGUGGCCACGGUCUGCGGGCAGAGCUGCAUGAACCCCGUCAAGGUGCCCGGGGAGUGCUGCCCCGUGUGCGAAGAGCCCACCUACAUCACAAUCGAUCCGCCGGCGUGCGGGGAGCUAGCCAACUGCAGCCUGACCGAGAAGGACUGUAUUUACGGUUUCAAGCUUGACCACAGUGGCUGUCGAACUUGUCAGUGCAAAAGCAGGGAGGAGCUGUGCGCCGGCCUCAAGCGAGGCUGCACGCUGGACUGUCCCUUCGGGUUCCUGACUGACGCCCACAACUGCGAGAUCUGUCGGUGCCGGCCCCGGCCCAAGAAGUGCCGACCCGUAACCUGUGACAAGUACUGUCCAUUCGGAUACCUGAAGAAUAAGCACGGCUGUGACGUCUGUCGCUGUAGGAAGUGCCCAGAGCUCCCAUGCAGUAAAAACUGCUCCUUGGGCUUCCAGAAGGACAGCCAUGGCUGUGUCACCUGCAAGUGCAGAGAGGUCCCCACAUCACCCAGCUCGCCUGCCCUGUCAGGCACAUGUCUGUCCAUGGAUGGCCAUCACCAUAAAAAUGAGGAGAGCUGGCAUGAUGGGUGCCGGGAGUGCUACUGUCACAAUGGCCGGGAGAUGUGUGCUCUGAUCACCUGCCCGGUGCCCGCCUGUGGCAGCCCCACCAUCCGUCCAGGACAGUGCUGCCCGUCAUGUUCAGAUGACCUUGUGGUGCAGAAGCCAGAGCUCAGCAACCCCUCCAUUUGCCACGCCCCUGGAGGAGAGUACUUCGUGGAAGGAGAAACGUGGAACAUAGACUCCUGUACACAGUGCACCUGCCACAGCGGGCGGGUGAUGUGUGAGACAGAGGUGUGCCCGCCGCUGCUCUGCCAGAACCCUUCGCGCACGCAGGACUCCUGCUGCCCGCAGUGCACAGAUGCACCCCUGCAGCCCGCCGCGCCCCGUAACGACAGCGUGCCGAGCUACUGCAAGAACGAUGAAGGAGACAUAUUCCUGGCGGCUGAGUCCUGGAAGCCUGACGUCUGCACCAGCUGCGUGUGCAUGAAUAGCCUCAUUAGCUGCUACUCCGAGUCCUGCCCUUCAGUGUCCUGUGAAAGACCUGUUUUGCGAAAAGGCCAGUGUUGUCCCUACUGCAUAGAGGACACGGUCGCGAAGAAGGCGGCGUGCCACUUCAGCGGGCGGGCCUACGCCGACGAGGAGCGCUGGGACCUAGACAGCUGCACCCACUGCUACUGCCUGCAGGGCCAGACGCUCUGCUCCACCGUCAGCUGCCCGCCGCUGCCCUGCCUGGAGCCCAUCAACGUGGGAGGGAGCUGCUGCCCCAUCUGCCCAGAAAUGUAUGUCCCAGAACCAACGAAUGUGCCCAUUGAGAAGGUAAAUCAUCGUGGAGAGACUGACCGAGAGGUUCCCGUGUGGCCCACUCCCAGUGAAAAUGACAUUGUCCAUCUCCCCAGAGACAUGGGUCACCUCCAGGUAGAUUACAGAGAUAACAGCAGGCCGCACGCAGGCGAGGAUGCCUCGCUGGACAGCAUCGCCUCGGUCGUGGUUCCCAUCGUGAUAGGCCUCUCCAUGAUCGUGGCCUUCCUGUUCGUCAAUCAGAAGAAGCAGUGGAUACCCCUGCUUUGCUGGUACCGAACGCCGACUAAGCCUUCUUCCUUAAAUAACCAGCUUGUGUCUGUGGACUGCAAGAAAGGAACCCGAGCCCCGGGGGACAGUGCGCAGAGGAUGCUCAGAAUUGCUGAGCCGGACGCGAGAUUCAGCGGCUUCUACAGCAUGCAGAAGCAGAGCCACCUGCAGGCGGACAACUUCUACCAGACGGUGUGAGGCGCCCGGCGCAGGCCGGCGGCUGGAACCUGCUCGCGCCCUUCGCUGAGUUCGCGCGCCCGCCUCGUGGAUUGUGUCGGAUUGUGUUGGACUGUGACUCGAUGUACAGCGCUGGGAACGGACUGGGACGGGCUCUGUCUACAGCAGUGUGCAGAACAAGCAUUCCCACUUUUCCUCAAGAUAACUGACCAAGUGUUUUCUUAGAACCAAAGUUUUUCAAGUUGCUGAGAUAUAUUUGCUUGUAAUAUAGCGGUAGAGAUAUCUGGGGGGGG